GCAUGAACAUUAAAGCAACGGCGUCGUUUACAAACCUUCUUUCUUGGAGACAUCACUUUUCUUCCGUGUUCUUAAACCCUGAAACCUCUCUUGUUCUUCAACUGGAGCUUCAAUGGCGUGCCUCGUUCACAUAAGCUUCUCAGUUCCUCUCUGUUCUCUUCAAAACCCACCUAAGGGUAGAUAUCCAAAGAAACCAGGUUCCUGUAGACUUCCAGGCCUGACAACCACCAAAACAGCAUCCUAUUUUCUGGCCCCCUGCAGCUCAAAUAAAGGCAUAUUUUCUGUCCAUGGUCAACGUUAUCUGACCACCCUUUCAAAGCAUUUUGAUGAAAUUAUUUCAUGUAGUUUGAAUGUAAGUCCUUGUACUCGUAUUUUUAUAACGGGUUAUUGGGUAGGACCAGAUAUUGAUGAUGGUUGGGGAUUUGUAGAAGCUUCUAUUGAUAGGAGUAGUUGAUUCUUUUCAAAAUUGCAUGAAUGAUUUUUUGCAUCCUCCUGGUGAUAGUUGGAAUAUUAGAGGUAAAAAAGAUAAGGUAUCCAUUGUUAGUAGAUGGAUCUAGUGAUAUCCAAAUUGUUCUUUUAAGGAGACCUAUUCUGUACAGAGAAAUUUCUUCACUCUUGGAAGACAUUGUUAGCGCCAAUGUUUAUGAAAUGCUUGACGUAUGGUUUUGUUUUUCAACAGCCUGGCUAUGUCAUUUAGUCAUUACCAUAUUGAAUGUAAGAAAAAUUGUUGUGGAAGGGAAGGAUUCAUCAUUCACUCAUGAUUUAUGAAACAAAAUUUGUAAAGGAAUGUGUUGUGUUCUCUGGAGUUUCAUUCUCUUCUCAGGGUGCUCUAUGCAACCCAAAAGCAAUUGGGCUGCACAAAGGCAUUGGCUCGAAUAAGCCAAGAAUUGGUUACCUACAAUUCCUGUUUUGGGCUCUCUGGUGCCAUAGUUUGUUUAAGGUUGGGCCACCUUUCUAUUAUACAAUGGCUUAGGUGGGUGGGUCAUGGUUA